AUGAAUUCAUCUACUACAGGACUGACCACCUUUGCCUUUGCCGGAAUGAUUGGAAAAGAACAAAUUAUUGCCAUUCGUAAUUUGAUUCGCAAGGAUCCCUUACGUUUCAUCUUGAUUGUUAUUCUCGUUAUUUCCAUUGCUUCGUUUUUUAUCAUCUUGAACUCAUUCUUGGCAGAUCAAUUCGAAUUGAAUCAUGUCCAUGUUCAAACCUGUCACGUGUUGAAUGGAAAUUUGAAUGCACAUGUUUGUACCGAUUACGAUUGCAACGUUGUUACCAACAAAAAGAUUCAGUUCCACGCUCCCUUAUCCAUCCAAACUCAAUACUAUCCCUCAAGUACAAUUUUCACACCAGUCUUCUCUCGUGAGUUGCAAGAUCAAGUCUAUUCCAAAUCAGGAGAUUGGAUUGAAAAACCAUUGAAUGAAGCAUGUACGAGUGGUGUCAGUACAUGUUAUGCUCCGUCAUGGCAGGUUCAAUUGAUGCAUGAAACCAUUCCUUCUCAAUUGUUGUCUGGUUUUAUAACCACUAAUCUCGAAAAAGCACAACAAGUGUUGAAUCAACCUUUACUUCAUGUCAAAUACUUUUGUUUUUUGAAUUAUUUCAAUGAUUUGACAUGGUUUCCUAGCUCGACGAGUUAUAUUCCAACCUUGACGUUUGCAUUGUUGAUGACAAGUGUUGGCAUGGGACUCUUUAGUGUGGUGGCAUUGAGAAUUUUGAGAUGUUAUCGAAGAUGUACAGAACAGAGAAACGAGAAGAAGGUGGAAGAAGGAGAGCAUGCAAGCUUGGUUGUGAAAAUUAAUGAAUGA